AUGGCUAUCGUUGCCCCCGACAGCAUUUACCGCAUCGAGCGCAGCUACUACCUUAACCUUCUCCAGGCUCAGAUCAUGCAUCUCCGUACUGACCACCGUCGUCGCCUUUUCGUGAUCGACCAGCUCAAGGAGCUUUCUCAGAAGACACCUGGCUCCAUGGAGGCUGCGCUUAUCGUUGGUGACACUCUCUUCCAUCGGCUUUGCUGCACUCUGCAGCCUCUGCUCCUCAAGGCGAUUUCCUCUCUUUUGAGUGAUUCUGAUCCAGUCAUUGGAUAUAAAGUCGCCGAUAUGAUUGAGGCUGCAGUUCCUCCUGAGAUUAAAAACCCCUACUGCCCUCCUGCUGGAUGGUAG